CAUGAUACAAGAGCCUACAUUUGAUAGAAUGAUUGUUGUUUAUAGGUAAGGUUAAUAAUGUCUGUUCUUGUUUCGUCUGUCUAUUUUUCGCUUUGUGCAUUUGUGGUUGAAGAAGGAAGUUGUUGCAGGCGAGCCAGCUCUAAAACAAAUCAGGAAAGAGGAAUUUACGUCAAGCAUUUCAAAAAACAUUCCUAUGGCCGACAUGGAGAUUGUGCUUGUAAGUUUCUCUUCUCGCCUUUCUUUCUCUAGAUUUUGUAGCAAUAACAUUUACGUCUUUUUGCAGCCUGAGAAAAGAAAUACUGGACUGACUCCAAUGGAUUGGGUUAAAUUUCUGAUAUCUGCCGUAGUUGGUCUGGUUGCCGUGGUUACUUCAGUUGAGAUGCCGAAAGCAGACCCAUGGAUAAUCUUUGCAGUUCUUGUAAGCUCAAAGAUUUGGAGCCUGACAUGAUGGUGCAAUGACACACAGAGAGUGUUGCUGCUGUGUUACAUAUGAACGAGAAUGUGUAACACAUCGACGAAGACAGAAGGAAUUAAGACGUGAUGCUGAUUUUUAGGAAAAGAUAUAUUGCACAAUUGGAAAUAAUUGAUGGCAAUAAAAAAGGAAGUUUAGACCUAGGUUUAGGUGAAGCUUUUAACAUUGUAUUCUCACAGAAACACAGACAGGGGUUUGGGGUUUCAGAAAGUGAGUGAUUUGUAAAGGUGAUCAACAGGGGUUGGUUCACUUAAAGGGUAGAUUAAGAAUUGGUCCGUGUCAAGCCGUGUGUGGUGUUGAGUAAUUCGGAUUAGACAAGUCUUUGUAAAAGAUUGUUUAAGUGAUUCUUAAUAAAGAGAUAGUUGAUCUCGAAUCUCCUGUGUUCUUAUUGGUUUCACCUGCUGUAGACUUUUCAUUUGGUAUCAGAGCGGGUCACCUCGUUGGAUUGCGUAUUCACAUACAAGUUGAGGUCCUGCGGAAGAAGUCUUUGAAACCAUGAAAGAAUUCAUCACCCUACCGAGUCCAUACAUGCUGGAUGAAGGGAGUUUUGGCCAUUGGAAGGCUCAGAUGAGACAUAUCAUUCGAGGAAUAAAUGAAGACGCCUGGACUGCUGUUGAACUAGGCUGGUCGCCACCUACCAUGCUCAUGGAAGAUCACACAUAUGGUCCCAAACCGAAGGAAAAAUGGACAGAAUCUGAAAAAGUUGCAUCAAAGUUCAACUCCAAAGCACUCACUGUAAUAUUCUCAGCUGUUGAUUUGGACCAAUUCAAAAUUAUUCAAGGAUGUGAAUCAGCAAAGGAGGCUUGGGAUGUUCUGAUCAAUCACUUUGAAGGUGACACAAGUGUAAGAAGAACAAUGAUUGAUCAUCUAGCUACAAGGUUUGAGAACCUGCGAAUGGAAGAUGAUGAAUCUAUUGCUAGUUUUGUGUCUAAGAUAAGCUAAAUUGCUAGUGCAGCCUCUGUUCUGGGAAAGAAAUACAAAGAGAGUGAGCUCGUCAAGAAGUUGUUGAGAUGUUUACCUCCUCGAUUUGAAGCCUACAAAGCUGUGUUAAAAAUUGCGAUAAACACUGAUGACAUGAAGUUUGAUCAACUUGCUGGUAUACUCAAGGUACAAGAUCUAGAGAAAAACCAUGAGUUAUCAAAAACUCAGAAAGGAUAUGGGAUUGUUUUCGCAGCAGAAUCAGAGGAAGGAGAUAGAGUUCAACGCCUAGAAGACAAUCUAACUCUUAUGGUUCAGAAAUUCAACAAAAUGGUCAAACAUGUUGGGAAAGGUGAGAAAGGAUCAGGUAUUCAGUCCUCCAUGAACGACUCACAGCACUUCAGCAAUCAAGGUUCUAGGUCUGAACCAUCUAAGGGAAAGAAGGAGAAUAAUUUACAGUGUCGAGAGUGUGAAGGCUUUGGCCAUCUUCGCAAGGAAUGCCCUGUAACAAAGAUAAAAGAGCUUAGGUGUAUUGAAUGCAAGGGUAUCAUACUUACUGCAAGCGAGUGUCCAAGCAAUCUGAAGAAAGACAAAUCUCUUUUAUGCUUUAGUGACACUGAAUCAGAAAGUGAGAGUGAUGAAGAUGGUGUGUUGAACAACUUUGUUGCUCUUACUGGUCAGAAUACAAUGAGUGAUCAUCAUUCUAGCUCAGACUCAGAUUCAGAGAGAGAGGGAGAAGAUAUGACUGCUGAUCUCAAGUCUGAAUAUAGAGCAUUGUUCAAACAAUUCGCAGAACUCAGCCAUGAAAAUCUGCAACUCAUCAAAGAUACAGCUAUGUUGAAGGCGCAAGUCAAUAUCCUGGAGUUAGAACAACCUAAUACAAAAGCUGAGACUGAGCCAAAAACAAGAGAGAAUGGUGAGAAAGCCGAGCUUCAGUCCCUUACAAAAGCUAUCGCAGAGCAGAACCGAGUUCUACAAGAGUCUGAAACAAAGUUUCAUCAGAUGAAACAACUGCUGAAUCAAGAACUUGAGAAAAAUCAGUUUCUGGAAAGGCAACUCACUGAGAAUCAUAAGCAAGUGAGGAUGUUGAACACUGGUUCAGCAACUCUGGAUCAUUUUUUAUCAAUUGGACAGUCUCCAAAAAUCAGUUCAGGCUUGGGCUAUCAAGGGUUGACUUCACAAGAGUAUAGUGAAGCUGAAGGGAUAAAGUUCAUAAAAGCUGAAGAUAAAUCAGAACCAGUGACAAAGAUGGAAGAGAAGCAAAACACAACUUGUGGGAAUGAAUUCUUGUUCAGUGCAAAGUGAUAUUAACAUGGGAGUAGCUCUCAAACGGUUGAAAAGAAUAAAGAAACCAAGU